AUGAGGAGCGGUUCUUUGCAAUUUGAUAAAACACAAACGGCUACAUUUCCCAAUUCCAAGUCAAAUGAGCAAUUUUUCUUUCAUUUGUUGGAAUUCCAGAAUAAGCUUGUACUUAAUAUAUCUGUUGAUGGAGUCUUGGAUACAACCUUUAAAUUACCCAUUUCAACAAAAAGAACAAUUAAUUACGAGUCAAUGAUGGAUCUCAACGAAAAUGAUGACUCAAUAGAAAAUGAAUACGAUUUUCAGAUCGAGCCGCAACUACUAAUUGGUGACCAUGCAAAUAUGAAAAUAGCCAUAAUUGCUGGUCAAGUGGCCAAGUUGAUAUCCACACAGAAACCAAAGGAAACAAUACUAUCAAUUGGAACCAGAUGGCUUGGCAAGGGCGACCAAGUCGAAGAAAAUGACCUAGCAAAACUAACUUUUAUACUUGAGAAUGUCAAAAAAUUACUUUAA